GACUGAGUGCAAGAUCAACGGAUGACAUCCAUUCAUAUUUUUCUUAAGAGAUAUUGAGUUUUGGUUUUUUGUCCCUAUAUUUUAUUUUUUAUUUUCGUUUCAAAGCCAUACGAGAUUCUCAAAUACCGAACUUCUCCUUAUCCGGUAUCCACUUAAAAUGGUCCCUCUCCCUCUCUCCUUUGCGUUCUGACUUUUCCGACUAGUUCUACUUCAGCUCCAGUGGCCAUGUCGUUCUCUCCUGCAACUCCCAUGCCGUCUAUCUACCAAGCCCGGACGAACACUCCCACGUGUCUUCUCUCCCUGCGAGAUUCUUAUCACAGAGGACCUGAUUGUGCAAAAAGCUACUCUGGUUGUGCUUCAUGGAGAUCUGCUGCAAAUUAUGCGGGAUUUCAGGAGGGUGGUGGAAAGCUUUCUUUAAUGCCCAUCAUUGUGAAGCAAUAUUCAGUAAAGAGAACAGGAGUUUUUAGGUGUGCAACUAUUGAGGAAAUUGAAGCUGAGAAAUCUUUGAUUGAGAAAGAUGUGAAAGGAAGGAUGGAAAAAACAAUUGACACAGUUCGAUCUAAUUUCAAUGCCAUGAGGACAGGGAGAGCAAAUCCAGCCAUGUUGGACCAAAUUGAGGUGGAGUACUAUGGGACGCCUGUAAGCUUGAAGGGCAUUGCUCAAAUCAGUACUCCUGAUGCAAGUUCUUUGCUGGUUCAGCCUUAUGAUAAAUCAAGCUUAAAGACUAUAGAGAAGGCAAUAGUUACCUCUAAUCUUGGUUUGACUCCAAAUAAUGAUGGAGAUGUGAUACGAUUGUCUCUCCCUCCACUGACAUCAGAUAGGAGGAAGGAGUUGUCAAAAGUCGUAGCUAAACAGGCAGAGGAAGGGAAGGUUGCAUUGAGGAAUAUUAGAAGAGAUGCCUUAAGGGCUUACGAAAAACUUGAGAAGGAGAAAAAACUUUCCGAAGAUAAUGUGAAAGACCUAUCAAAUGAUUUGCAGAAAUUGACAGAUGAGUAUGUGAAGAAGAUUGACGUCAUCUACAAACAGAAGGAGAAGGAGUUGCUGAAGAUUUAGCGUGGUUGAAUUUUAUUAUGCUGCACAGAUGUAUACAGGUGAGCAGUGAGCGUUCUUGCUGGUGGGUGAUAAAACUAGUCAUUGAUGGUCUCACCAGAUUUUUGUUCGCUUGUUAUACCCUUUGCUAUUGUAAUUAUUAUUGUUGUUGGUUUUUUGGUGCAUUUAGCAGUGUAAAACAAGUACAACUGAUCAGAUCCUUCCCCUACAAACCAUGUUUGAACCUUUUGUUUGGGACACGAAAGAGUAAUAGAAGGCAAGAAAGAAGAGAGUUGAACCAUAAA